GGUAAAUAUUUCCACAGAAUAAUAAGGGAGUGUUAAAAAAAAAGAAGACGGCAGCAGCUUCGCGACCUAUUUAGGGUUUGUCUAUUUCUAUUUAUCCAAAUCGAUCAGAAUAGUCAUCAAUCCUAGGGUUUCAGAAGAAGAAGAAAGAAGAAGAAGAAGAAGAAGAUGCCGAAGAACAAGGGUAAGGGAGGUAAGAAUAGGAAGAGAGGAAAGAACGAGGCCGAUGAUGAGAAGAGAGAGCUAGUUUUCAAGGAAGACGGCCAGGAAUAUGCUCAGGUUCUGAGGAUGCUCGGUAACGGCCGUUGUGAAGCUAUGUGUAUCGACGGCACCAAACGUCUUUGUCAUAUCCGUGGUAAGAUGCACAAGAAGGUCUGGAUCGCCGCCGGUGACAUCAUCCUCGUCGGCCUCCGUGACUACCAGGAUGACAAGGCUGAUGUUAUCCUCAAGUACAUGCCAGAUGAGGCAAGGUUGUUGAAGGCAUAUGGUGAGUUGCCUGAGAGCACUCGGCUCAACGAGGGUAUUGCUGGUGGACUGGACGAGGAGGAUGAUGGUGCUGGAGAUGAUUACAUUGAGUUUGAGGAUGAGGAUAUCGACAAAAUCUAAACUCGUGUCCACUUCAACUUUGUUCUGAGGCCUUUGUUUGCCUUGGAUUAUAAUUAGCUUGGGAUAUUAUUAUUUAGUAGAAACUGCGAGGAGAGGUAUUGAUUGUGUAAUGUUUGAAGUGAUAUAAUGAAAAGGGUGCCUAUGCGAUGUAGCUCAUGUGCCCAAAGAUUCUGCUUUGGCAGCCUGGUUACAAUAAUAGCACUUUAAUUUACAUUCAUCCAUUAUCGUGA